AUGAAUCACAGCCAUGAAGAAACUAUGAAGAAAAUCAGUGUGGUGAACCUUGAUAAACUUUUAGAUAACUUCUCAGAGAUAGAAAAGAAAAUAUCAGAAAUUAAUGAAGCAAAUAAUCUACUGGUUCUUCAGCUGGAAAAAUGUAACAGGUUGUUAACAUUAAGCCAAUCAAAGGAGGAAUCAGUAAAAGAAGAAUGUACUACUCUACAGAAUGUGAUAAAGGGUCUAACACAAACCAUUGAAAACCAAUGUAACGUAAAAGAUGAAAAUGAUAGACUGAAGGGUACCAUUCACAUCUUGGAAGAGAAAUUAAAGACUUGUGAACAGGCAUAUAAAGAUCAGAUUGAGAAACUUAUGAUAGAAAUUAAAAACAAAGAGGAAGACCACAAAUCAGAAAUAACACAGCUGAAUUGUGAUACAAGAAAAAAAAUUGAAGUAAAAGAAGUGGAGUAUAGAGAACAGAGAGAGAAAAAAGAACUGGAAAUAUUAGAGCUAACUAGGCAGCUGAAAAUUCAAAAUGAAGAGAAACAGAAUGAAAUAAUUAAACUGCAGAUAGAGUUCAAUGCUAGAUUAGCAAGAGUUCAGAAUAAGACACCAAAGUCAUUUUCAGAUGCUUCUGUCUUGCCACAAAGUAUCUAUCGAAGGAAGCUGCAGCAUCUCCAGGAGGAGAAAAACAAGGAAAUUGAAAUUCUCCGAAGCACCAUAAGAGACUUAGAGCAACGUAUUAAUAAAGGCCAAGACACACAUUUCAAACGAAGGAGAUUUUGA